AUGCAAAGCAAAUUAGAAAGUCGAAAGGUUCUUCGCGAAAAAGGGAAAGCACUUGGUAUACGCGAGAAUUUGGUAUGGUAUAAUCAGUGGACCUCAAAGCCCAAUGCCAAUCUCGAUGCCGACGAUGCGUAUGGCGAGGCGGUUGCCGAGGCGGUUGAAUCUAUCCUUGGUGCCGUGUGGGUGGAUUCUGGGAAAAGCAUUGAAACUGUCAAGGAAGUCAUCAAAAAAGCCGCGCUUGAUACACACAAGCAAUUGAAAGUAGAUGUUCCGUCUCAGGACAGGUAUAAAAAGAAAGAGCUUUCGAAACUCCGGAAUUUGGAAAAUGAGGUACUCAUAAGACGCAAGAAGGAAUCGAAACGAUCCAGGAUAGAAUACGAGACAGAGCAGAAACAACUCAGGAUAGACAGAGAAAAGAGUCAGAGCCUGAACGAAGAAGCACAGCCAGAGAGCCGCAACCUACCACUAAGAUCAAGACUCAUACACUUCCUAAAGAGAAGCCUUGGCGCAAUGGUAGCGCGUUGGUCUUCGGUUGAAAGCAUAAACACCAAAGGAUCAAACCCAAAUCCGUGCGCAAUCGCAGCCGCUAGCAGGCCAUCAAAGGAGCGCAACAUGUUAAACGAUAAAUCCGGUCAUGACUACCUCAGAGCAGACUCUGGACGACAGCUUUCAUCAGUAGCUCGCAUAGAGGACGAAGAAAAGGUAGAUACUCCGUGUGAGUCAGGCGACCAGGAUCCACAGAUAUCGUCGCCAGCGAAAGAGGCGGGCCGCAGAGCUAAAGAUCAAUCGCAACAGAUCGAUGCUAUGAGUACAGGUUUGAGCCAGGACAAAUUGCCCAUGGAAGAGUUGGCGGGUUUGAACACUGAAGACCAAAGACGUAAAGAGACUCUCUGGCUGCGUGCACUUGGGAUGCAAGGGAUGUUAAAGAUGCGGGGUAUAGACAUAGAUGUUUGGAAUUUGUACCAAAACAUGGAAGUAAGCGUGCGAAAAAACAACAAAGCGAGAGACAGGGUACGGUUACCCGUGGAAGAGUUGCGGGUUUCACACCCUGAACACCGAAGAGUUAACAUGAAAUGCCGGCUGCGUGCAGUUGCGAUACAACACAUGUUGAAGACGCGGGGUAUAGAUAUAGAUGUUGAGAGUUUAUACCAAGACGUCAAGUUCAUCUCGAUAAAAGACUUGAAAUCUUUGACGGUAGAGGAAGCAAGAUCUAUACAGGAAAACUCGGUUCCUGUAUGGAAAAUCAUCGGACAGGAGAAAUUUUCUACCAAGAUCAAGUCGGCUUCCCCUGCUCUUGAAUCGGGAAGGAACGGCACAGUCACACCUCCAGUCCCAGUGUCAGGUCAGAGACUCUCGAGUUCCCCGGAGCAGCCCAGUCCCAAGAAAAGAGCUCGGUCAGCUAGAAAAAUCCGUGAGAAGACUCUUCAGAAGCUCUCAAGACAUCUAGAAAACACAGGUUUUGAGAGCGCCUCAGCUGUCAAUAGUCGAGACGAAAGGAAAGAGAUGAAAUUGCGCACUAAGGCUGUCGAACAAUUAGAACGAGAUAUCCUCAGCUCCCACAGAGACAUAUGGCAAGCGAACAGGACUGCUGAUUCAUCAUGGAAGCCUACCAAACGCUCCUACGACCGUGUCGCCAAUAUACACCUUUCACGGUAUUAUCAAAUUCUCGCAGAGCAGUUGGCUAGGCGCACUCCAACAACCCGUGAAGCCACGAACAAAGAGGACGCUGGACCAAGGAACUCGUUACAAGAGGACCUUCGAGAGGCGGAUAUAAAUUACAGACCAUUCGUUCAAUUUGAAUCAGAUAAGUCAGCAACGGAGGUGCCUGCUACGCCCGCUACGCCUGCUACACCACGACCAGGGCCUAGAAGAAAACUUACACUAUAUACCCCCAGUAUUCGAAGGCACAUGAUUCUAUCUGCUCUUAGUCAAAGAGCAUAUUAA